CACAUCUACUAGAUAUGGAAGCCUGAUUGGCAAAAGCUUCUUUCAUUACGUCUAGAACAAUCUGAACCAUUCAUGCAUAUUUUUGAAUACAGCGUUACGGUCCAGUAGUUGGUAGUCGACGCUAAACACGAUGUUUUCGUUAUAAGGUAUAUCCGUAUCCCUAUGGUUUCAACCACACUCCCCAGUUAGUUAGACUAAAAUGUAUGCGAAUUUACAGACCCUUCAGUAAUAAGAAUGUUAGGUCAACUGAUCUAUGUUUAUCUGUCCAGUGUCCAUCGACGUGGCUGGCACCAUUUACUUAAGUCGGAGUUCUGGUCAGUAACCAUCCACAAGAAACGAUGUCGCGCUCUAGGUUUGUUCGACUAUGCAUCAUCGAAUGGGUUGGAAACUAGUUUCCAAUCCAUUUAUCAACGUCUUGUUAAAAAGCUACAAAAAGAUUAAGCCUGCCUACACUAAGCGCCCUUACCUUAAUAUGGAAUUCCAAAAUAAUGUCUCAUUAUUCCAUAGACUAAGGGGGAAUGCUUUACGAGUUUUAUUCAGUAGACAGUUUUAUUCAAUUGACAUAUCAAUUUAGCAUCCACUCGUUAACCGCUCUAUUUUGUGUCUAGUAUCAAGAACAUAAGAUAGGGAGAUAUCUUUGUUUUCAGCUAUCUGCUCAAGAUCUCCACAAACACGGUCUUCAUGCUUCAGUAGUCCUUUUGCUCACAGCACUAUUCAAAACUAUUUCUUGUUUAUGGAAGUAGUGAUCCACUUUCGGAGUACCGUUGAUGGUGAGUGUAACCAAUGCGAACCGUUACUGAAAAUAAUUCCCAAACCCACAAUUCCAGCCUUCUGAUUUCUUGGACCUUAAGGUCAUCAAAACCAUAUGUAUGAGUUCUAACAUCACACUAGUGAAGGAAAUUUUUCCUCCUUUUAAGGUAUGAAAAGUUAUUUUGAACAGAUGUUUAUCAUAUGCUUACUUCACUUAGUAAUCAACGUGAGUCUUUAUAAUGGUCAGUUUACAUGCAUUCCUGACUUUCUUGUACUACAACUUCAAUGCUUCAUGACUGGUCAUGAAAACCAAGUCCUAGAAAUAUCUCUCGCGCUUUACUGUCGUUCAUAUCUCAUGGUUCUAUGGAGGCCCUUGGGAUGGCUUACAUUAAUUUGACCAUGGGAUAGAAGCUGUUACUUCGAAUGCCGCUUUGAGCUAACACCAUACCUUUUUAAUCGACUGAUUCGUACCAACUGGUAUCGGUCAAUGAUAAGUGGUUAUAGUUUGUACGUUACAUAACGUAGAGUAGAUUGAAAUCGUUUAAAUCGCUGAACAGGCAAAAAUAUCAUUUUUACAAUUUAAAUGGUGUUUCUCUGGUUAGAUUAUGAAGCUCAUAUGCAUCCUACUAUCUUAAGUAUCUAAUUAAAACAAAUACCGAUAUAACUGGACUAUAAAAUAAGUAUGCGCCACAAAGUACUAAUAUUGUGAAGACAUGCAUGGAGGCAGAGUGUAAUCAAAAUGAACAAGUAAGUGGACGAGUGUAAAUUAUAAUGCGAGAGUCCCGAAAUGAUUCUUCCAGCCGAAGGAUUUCCUUGCGCUUUUAUUAAGAAUGUACUAAAAAAUUACAGCGAGAGAGCUAUUGGCUUCUGUCCUGGGUAGUCUGAUAUCUCAAGCCACCAAGUUGCACUAUCUCUGGAACACUAACUAGGGAGUUGUGAUUGACAGAUAGAUCCCAGUUCUUUACAUCCUUUCAUACCAUGGUACCAUAUUAUAGAGUGGCCACCUUUCCACCCAAUUGUAGCGUUGUUAAGUAACGGACGGAGUGGAAUUCUCUGGGAUGACAUUCCUACUUGUUUUUAGGCCUCCGCAUCCGGUUCCUCAUGAUGAACGCAUUCCGGAAUCUCCUCAUUAUUAACAUGAUGUUGCUGCUAAAUGUCAACAACCCUCCUGGAAUAACAGUGAUCAAACAGAGAAUCACCUAACAUCCUAAAGUCCAAAAGGUCGGAUAUCGCAAGCACAGAGUAGAACUGCUCUCACCAACGGGUUGUAGACCUAGGUUUUUACAGCUAAACUAACAUCACGACAGCACCAGAGUGACGAAAGCCGCUCUGUCCACUACACGUAGAUUGAUUUCAUCUAACAGCACCGCCAGCAUUCACAGCCACCUAUAUAAACAAACUUUCCGAUUGUUAACGUUUCACUAACAAAAGUGAGGGCAGGUAUGGGUUCCGGCUAGUUGGAUUUAAAAAGUACAUAUAACAUGCUUAUGAACACCAAUUCCAAAUUAAUUGUGAUUUUCGUGUCUCGAUUAUCAUCACACAUCAAUACAAUAUCAUUCACAUACUCCAGGCCACUUUAGCAACAACAAACUGCUGUCGCGUUGGUUUUCUGGAACACUUGUAAAAUGUACUAAGAUUAAUAAUACCGUUAUCUAACCUCAAUGUAAUAGUUAGUAAAUAUUAUUAGGAUACAAUCCGCUCAGUUAUUCUUCAAACAGUACACUUAGAAUAAUCUAAUUUACUGAUGCCAUUUUACUAAGCGACAUGCGCAAAUCAGAAGUGAAGUAAUAUUGUCACCACGUCCUACGGUUGUUAUGAUAUUGUUGUUAAGAUAUUCGGAAUACUAGUGGCUUGUAACUUUCUCAUCUUCUACGUUAAUUAUCUCAUUUUAUUAAUAAUGUAAUAGUCGCAUUAAUGUAGUACUUUGGUUCCUUUAGCAGAGUAAGGAUGCAAGAUGGUGUUUGUGAGCGUCUUGUUCGACGCUACUUAUUAUCAAAGAAUUUCAAAGAUACACUGAAUGCAUUUGAAAUUGAGUAUUCGAAAGAGAAAAGUAAAGGGAAAUUUCAGCCAUUGGAUAUUAUCGAUCAACUUCAAGAGGCGAUCUACGAUUCUAAUUUAACUCAGUUAACCAAUCAGUGGAAUUUUUUAGAAAAUACACUAUUUCACCGGUUAUCGGCUGAUAAACAACUUGCGGCCAAUGAGCUCAAAGUGCAUGUUUUUCGUACAUACUUAGUACAGGCUAAAAUAAAGAAACGUCAGGCUAAAAUGACUGAGUUUUUCGAACUACUUUCUUCGCAGUUUUCCUUUGGAAAAGAGGAAUGGCAAAGUUGGUGUGCUUUGCCUUACACAGCGGAUCCAAAAAUGCAUCCCGAGUUUUUUAUGUAUUUUACAAAGUCGUGGAUGGAUGUAUUGAUUCUAUCACUAACAAACUUCCUCUGUUUGAUAAAUUACUCUGAAAGUAACCAAAGCAAAGUAUUUUUUGAAACGGAGUUUCUGAACCGAAAGAAUAAAUCAAGCACAAACGAAAAAGCAUCAACGUCAGGAAAUCAAUUACCAUUUGGAGAGCUCCUUGAUGACUUUAAUGAACUGGGAACUAUCCGAACAAAUUCAAAACUUCCGUGACCAUUUCAAGUGUCCAGAAGUGUGAAACAAGUGUCGUUCGUGUUAGUAACUCAUGUAUAUCGCGUAGUUCUACAUAUGACUGACUACUGAACAUCUUCAAUUAUAUCUCUAAACAAUCGUCAACAUUUUGUAUUUGACAGAAAAAACUACUCCCUUUUAUACUUAACCUUAAAUUUGUCUGCAUAGUAGCUAAAUACCUUUCUCGAAGGGUGAUGGGUAAUGUAAUCUACUUGCAUUAUUACUUUUCUUUAGUUUCCCCGGCUCUGAAAUCCCAUUUUCUGCCAAACCUAUUCAUUUCACACGCUCUUCGGUUUUGCUGCAAUUAAAGAUGUUUUACCUU